AUGUGGGUGUUCUUCUUACUACUGCCGGUGCUCGGUAUCGUGUCGGCGGUGAGUCAAGAGGUGAUCUAUGUGGGACAGGUCUAUCAAAAGCCGCUAUCGCAAAAGGACCGAGUUUUUAGCGGGGAUGGUGGGAAACUGCCGUCAUGGCUAUUGCUGAGAGAUGGGAUAUUGGAAGGAAUACCAGGUGAACGAGAUGUUGGAAAACACACGAUAAAGAUUUUCUCUCGAUCAAAAGAAGAGAAAGUGUUGGAACUGGUGGUGAAAGAGGAUCAUCGGAAUCCAUGCGGAAGCGACGACACUUACUGGGUCGAGGCUCUGUUCGAGAAUGACGGACCUGUGGCAUGCGGAGACAAUUUGGACUCGGCCACUGAUGAGAUGGAUGUGAUCUUAACCGCUGUUGAAAACAUCGAACACGAGAUUUAUGUGGUGUUGACUCAUGGGCGCGUAGUUCCACCUCCCAAUGACGUCACUGUGGAAAGUUCCACUUCAGGAAAGGUUACUACAACUACUCGCGAAUCGACAACCUCGCGUACCACCCGGAGAGUCGACAAUCCUCCCGUGAAAUUGAACUCGCUGUCUGGGUUCACUUGCACACGGUAG